CGCGGGGUUUGUGGAAUGUCGGAAGAUGCCGGGGUGGAAGACAGACGAAAGAAAGCGCAGUUGGGAUUCAUUCACAAGAUAGUGGUGCCACGGAUCGCAUACACGCCCGGCAGUAGAAUCCGCGGCGCCGGCACCGGAGAAAGUUUUUACUUCUCAUCGUGUUUGGAAACGGACCGAGCCAACUGUACUGUACUUGCAGCUGGGCCGAGAAGAUUAGACCGUUGCGCCAACAUGGCCGGCAUAAUGUCGUACGGCAAUCGGAAGCGGAAACCGGACUGUUGUAGCCGGCCCAAACCGUCGCGCAUUGUUGGCGGUGGCGGCGGCGGCGGCGGAGGCGGUAAGGGCGGCAAACGUAAGCAGCAUUCGAAAAAGGACCGGCAGCGCUGGCGAAGAAAACGAAGAGGCAGUGAACAUCGCCGAAGAUUGCCGAAGCAGGCCGAAGCGAGGAUGCGAAUUGAAAGCGGCGGCCGAAGUGUGGAUGCGCUUUCGAGUUCGAAAAACAAACGGCCAAACAACGGCUUUCGAACUUCCAUCUUCGAACUCGUUGACAGGACGUUUGACACGAAACUAUGGGAUCGCGUUGGUGAGUCGGCGGACACACUGGCAGCAGCAAAUAAACAAGACGUCGUGAAUGGUGCAGCUGACGGUGGUGGUAGUGUCGUUGGUGCAAGUAUUAUGUGCGAAAAUAACUCCGGCCCGGGCCCUGGCACGGGUGGACGGAAGCGGGGCCACCAGCAUCAUCCGCGCUUCGCGGGCACACGGCAAUCGACCGUUCCGGCCGAGGACGUGAUAGCAGCCCUGCGCGGAGCCUUCGACUGUGGCACCAACUCACUGUCCUCGUCGUCACUCUCAUCUUCCGCAUCGUCCCUGAACGUGUCGAUUACGGGUAUUGGUGGUGGUGGUGCUGGUGCUGGUGCUGGUGCUGGCGGUGACAGAAUAGUGACGGGCAGUGAUGGGACCAACAACAACGACAACAACAGCAACCCUCUGUCCACGGAGCGGACAACGAUUGCCAAGCAGUCGGAUGAUAACGAUGCAGAGCUGUUGGAUGAAUACGAGAUAGCAGGAUCAGCUGCAACGGCUGACAUUGUAAAUAGUAAUAUCGAGAACAACAUCACAGCGCUCGGUGUACGGUGGAGUGGUGAGCCAAGCAAGGAAAACACCCCGGAACCGGAGCAGGACCGUCUAAACAACAAUCGCAGCCACAGCAGCAGCAACCGCAGCAGCGUUAGUCCAAAAAAUGUGAUACCACUCGACGAGGUGGCCGACACGGACGGUGCGAAGCCCCUCCCAGUGGAACCGGUCUCCCGGCCGACGGAACCAGACGACGAGGAGAGCAUAGAGCUGAAGCUGGAUCAGAUCACGAGCGGGAAGGAGCUGGUGCAGCAGAUUAACAAGAAGCUGAAGCGCAGCAAACGCAGCCCACAGACGGACGACGGCAGUACUGCGCCGGCCAGUGGGAAAAAGAAGUCAUCUUCCAGUAGCAAGAAAUCUUCCUCGAAGUCGUCCAGCAGCACCGGAACGGAUGGAGGAAAGCGAAAAAAAUCCAAGUCAGCGGCGGCGGCGGCGGCGGCGGCAGCAGCGUUGGAGCAGCGGGCAUCGGGGGAUGGCGCAUCGUGCGAUCUGGACGCGGUGAUCGGCGGGCUACUAGGGACGGCAGAGUACGGCGGCGGGCUGAUGGCGGGCGAUGGGUACAAGGAGCCGGCGAACGACGAGAACGACCCGGACGUGGCGGAAUGGGCGAAGCUGCGGUGCACGAGCGAGCGGACGGAGGUGAUCGCGGAGCGGGAACAUCGAAGGCAGAAGCGUUGCGCCGACUAUCCGGGGCUGGCAUUUGGGCGGUCCAUCUUUAGCUCCGACACCAUGAUGAAGUUCAACAUCAUUCGGAACGAGCUGCACAACAUCAUGAAAACGCAGCUAAAGCGGGCCGAAUCGGAAGUUGCCGCUCUGAACCGUCGUAUUCAGCUGCUGGAGGAGGAUCUCGAACGUUCGGAAGAACGUUUGGCAUCCGCCACCGCUAAGCUGUCAGAGGCUUCGGCCGCUGCCGACGAGAGCGAACGCGCCCGCAAGGUUCUUGAGAACCGCGCCCUGGCCGAUGAGGAGCGCAUGGACGCCCUUGAGAACCAGCUGAAGGAGGCCCGCUUCAUGGCUGAGGAGGCCGAUAAGAAAUACGAUGAGGUCGCCCGUAAAUUGGCCAUGGUUGAGGCCGAUCUUGAGCGUGCUGAAGAGCGCGCCGAAGCCGGUGAAGCCAAGAUCGUGGAGCUUGAGGAGGAGCUGCGCGUGGUCGGUAACAACCUGAAGUCGCUGGAAGUCUCGGAAGAAAAGGCUAACCAACGCGAGGAAGAGUACAAGAACCAGAUCAAGACCCUCACCACCCGUCUAAAGGAGGCUGAGGCCCGCGCUGAAUUCGCUGAACGUUCCGUUCAGAAGUUGCAGAAGGAAGUCGACAGACUCGAAGACGAUUUGACGGUCGAGCGUGCCAGAAACAAAAUGCUUCAGGAGGAGAUGGAAGCGACCUUGCACGACAUCCAGAACAUGUAAGGAGCGCGGGGGGAUCACAUCGGGGGCGUCCUCGGUAAUGCCGCGCGCUAGUAUGGAUGACGAUCAUGAUGAUGAUGGCGGGGUGGAUGGAUGAUGGCCGCGCCACCCAAAAGACCGCGUGCGCACAACACCGAUCGCGUCUUGUUAAGUAGCGAGAAGAGGAGCAGAAUUUAUGUUGGUCGAGUGGGGAAGGGAAGAAUGUGUGUGUGUACCGCGCCCUGGGGGAAGGGAAAAAUAAAUGUAUUAUUAUUAUUGGCCGAAGCCCGAAGGAAAAUGCAAAACGAGUGUGUGUGCGCACCGAGAGUGAUGUACGUAAUGCCAAAAUCCAUCACACAACAACAAAAAAAGGAAAGCAAGCCACACAGGGAAAUACACGCCGCACGAAAAUAAUUUGACCAACGCAUUUUGUGUGUGUGUGUGUGUACACGUAACCGCCACAACUACCCCAAUUCAUUCAUUUAAAGUUUAGGCUUUGGAGGGCUCCAUCGAUCAGAGGACAGCAGGAAGAGAGUGUCAUUUAAACAUAUCGAGCGAAACACGGAUGAUGGGGGGGGGGGGGGGGUAUGGCCAACGGAUUCCGUUUUUAUUAGCAGAACACGCACAAGAAAACCCCUAUGAUAUGAGUGUGUCGAUCGAUUGAGGACCAAUAAUGCAAUUUUUCAAAAAGUUUUCCCUACACAUACACCAUAAGUCAAGGAAGAGAGAGAGAGAGAAGCGGCACACACACACACCCACAGCUCUGUGUCGUGUUUUAAGUUUUCUUUGUUGCAUUUUAGCGAAUCGCUUGUGAGCUAGGGCAAAGUUGCGUUGUGAGGAUCAAGAGACAGACAACACGUGGUUGAAGCCAACCGGGGACAGCCUUUUUCGAGAUUAGGGAAUGAAUUUUGUUUUUGAAGGUUCUAGGUGAUCUUCCCAAUACCCGCGUAACGCGUAUUUUGAUGCGGUGGGCGGGCUACCGUGCUUUUAAUUGAUUUUACUCACACACACACAUACACACACGCCAUUUAAACAGAAAAGAAAGACCCAUUAACGAACAACAUUCCAACGAUGGCAUUCCGGAAGUAAAAGAUAGAUUUUGAAGUUUUUUUUUUCUUUUUCGAAACAACAGUUCCAAAACAAAAAAAAAGAGGAGAGAAAACAGUGUAAAUGUCCCUUUUUGCAAUUGGUUGAACGUGGCAUCAUGUUAUGCCUCAUUCGUGUUCUUUUUUUUAUCUACGUGAAGAUUUAAUUUCUUCUCUGCUCGCCCUGUUUGUUCUCCUUUAUCAUCGCUUUUUUUUUUAAAUGUUAUUAUUUUAGCAUCCCACACCCUUGCACACCAUCCUUCCCCGCUGUCCGCAACAAGCGGAAGCAUCAUCCGCUGCUGUGUGCGUACGCGAAAGCAGGAGGAAUGUGCGGAUGUUAACACUAGAGCGAAUAGGUCACCGACGGCACCACGGCGUCAUUGGCAGGGUUUAGCAUGUUUGGACUGUAUCUGCCGCCGGUGGUGGAGGUCCCGUGCCGGUUAUCGAAAGUAGAGCGUAAAGAAGAUCCCCUUUUCCUUCACCCCAUUCAGAGUCGAGCUAGGAGUGACAAAAUGUUUGAAUCAUCCUGCCGCGGCAGCAGGACAAUUGAAAGGCGCGUGCGUGCGUGCCAGCAAAACGAACGUGCCUUUAGGAGUUUCAAUUUUCUUCUUAUACAUUCAAUGCUAGUUUAGAUACGACGAUAAGCUUACGCGGGAAAGGACGAUCGAAAGAAUGAUGUGUGCGAGCGCGCGUGUGAAGUAUUCGUCGUUCCCGCCUGUUCACAUAAUCGACACUUCGAUACACACUACGGUCCCACAAAAACACACCACACAGCGAUUACACACUUUCCUCAACCAGCAAGAAAAAUCCCCCCCGACACACACACACACGCGAUAACCACAGACACACCAAGAAGUCGAUCGUAGGUCCAAUGUGGGAUAACGAAAAGCGAGAGAAAAAAAAAAGAACGAACCCCGUUUAUUGUAUUUGAGUGUUUAUAAUAUAUUAUUUUAUCAUAAAUCGAGAACAAAAAACCCUCACAAACCCA